GUCUACUAGUCGAGGUUUUAGGAACGAUGUUUGCUGUGGUUAUGUGAGAUUGAUAUUUCACGUUCGUGUUAGAUUAAUGGAAAAAAUAUCUCUCCCUAAAUAUGGAAAUUGAUAGACGUAAUUUUCGUGACUUAAGCAAACUGAGAGUUCUGCAGCUCGAACAUUUCCACAAUCCAAUAUGACUGAUGUAGAUAUGUGGAUUGAAAUCGCCAAGGAGUGCAAGUAUCUUCCCGAGAAUGAUCUGAAGAAACUAUGUGAUAUGGUCUGCGAUAUUCUGUUAGAAGAGUCAAAUAUUCAACCAGUAUCAACGCCAGUUACGGUAUGCGGGGAUAUACAUGGGCAGUUUUAUGACUUAGAAGAACUUUUCCGAAAUGGAGGACCUGUUCCAGAGACUAAUUAUAUUUUCAUGGGAGACUUCGUGGAUCGAGGCUACUACAGUUUAGAAACUUUCACAAGACUUCUCACUUUAAAAGCAAAAUGGCCAGACCGUAUUACUUUGCUGAGAGGUAAUCAUGAGUCGAGGCAGAUCACCCAAGUAUAUGGUUUUUAUGAUGAGUGCCAGAACAAAUACGGAAAUCCAAAUGCAUGGCGUUACUGCUGUCGGGUGUUUGAUCUUCUUACAGUUGCAGCGCUCAUAGAUGAGCAGGUUCUGUGUGUUCAUGGUGGACUCUCUCCUGACAUUGUAACAUUGGACCAGAUUCGAAGUAUAGAACGAAAUCAAGAAAUCCCUCAUAAAGGUGCCUUUUGUGAUUUGGUGUGGUCUGAUCCUGAUGAUGUGGAGACAUGGGCUGCUAGUCCAAGAGGAGCGGGAUGGUUAUUUGGAGCAAAAGUGACACACGAGUUCAUGUCUAUAAACAGCCUCAAAUUGAUAUGCAGGGCACAUCAGCUCGUUCAUGAAGGUUACAAGUACAUGUUUGAUGAUAAGUUGGUCACAGUCUGGUCAGCACCAAAUUACUGUUAUCGAUGUGGUAAUAUUGCUUCUAUCCUUGAAUUCACCACAAUUGAUAACAAAGAACCAAAACUCUUCCAAGCUGUUCCAGAUUCUGAACGAGUUAUACCACCUCGGACGACGACACCAUAUUUUUUGUGAUGGUUCAUGUGACACCUGAAAUUGUGUGAACACCAAAUCUGAGAGAAUACUCAGUCACUUUCCACUUCCAAAGACAGUAGUACUAUCUCUGAAAAUGUAUUUUUAUAUGGUGCAGAUAUUUCAAAAUUUGUUAUCAUAUACAUGUAAAGUGUGUAUGUGUGCAUGUUUGUUCGCUUGUGGCCAGGGAAAAGGGCAUGCAGAAGCCAAGCUAUGCCUGAAGGGCUGUCUGGCUGACCUGUGAGGAAAAGAAAUCUCCAAAAUGUUUUAAUUGAAGCUUUUAAAUUCUUAUAUUGUUAAUUCAUGUUUCAAUAAUUUCAGUGGUAUUGUUUGAAGUUAAUUUGGAUGUGUAUCAGGAAAGAUCACUGGUGAAAGCAAAUUUUGGCAUUUUUAAGGUGUGUUUAGUCAUACAACCAGUUAAUAAUAGUCACGAAAUCCAAUUGUUACCCAAAAACAUAUAUAACAAAUACGUGCAGUGAGCUGCCCAUAAAAUUGUAAGAUUAAG